GUGCUGGGAGAAGAUUCGUGUAAGCCUGGAUGGCUUGGUGGUAGAGUGAUGGCCUUUGGUGUAGGGGACCGGGGUUCGAGUCCCGCUCGGUGCAGGUUUUCUUGGGGGCUGGUCAGUUGAUCCGCUGGUGGUUGGGUCCGAAGGUGAUAAAAAGAACGAAAUGACGGGAGAGUCGGGCGAAAGGAGGUGGUUUCGCGAGGAUCUUUAUUGUCCCGGGUUAGGGAGUCACCACGAACGAGGUGACCGGGGUAAUGUAAAAGCAGGUGCAGAAAAGGUACAAGGGAUAGCAACGGCGGAAAGUUCGAGAGGAACGACUAUCCUGACCCUAAUAUAAAUAAACAUGUCUUGGAGUGUUAUCUUCUACCCUGGAAAUCCCGAAAGAAGGGAAAGGCUUAUCCGCAAAAGCCAAGAGCUUCGAGAACUGAUGAAAAACAACUUCCGAGCCACCAACCAACUCAUUGAGGCUCUUAAGGAACACUUAGGCUUGUCCUUCAGGCCAGUCGCCUUGAAUGAGAAAGCUACUGUGAAGGAGAACUGUGAUGUAAUCAUUGAACGCAUACAUGAGAUCCAGGCAGAAGUAGAGAAGAUUGACCAGAAGAUGAAGGCGAAGCUGGAACCGACGCUGUAUGAGAAACUGAAGAAAAUGUCUCUGUCUGUUCCUGACUAUCAACUAUUAUCAGGAAGUGUUGGUGCAGUUUGUGGUGUUGCAGGCUCUGCUGCCGUUAUUGCCGUUGGUUGGCUAAUUAAAAAUGAAAAAAUUCUGACAACCAUGAGAUCGACCUUUGGUUUAAUAAAAACAACUGCUCUAGCCGCUGUUGUAGUUGGGGUGUUAUUCAUGGGGAUCGAUAUGAUUAUUAGCGCCAUUCUAGGAGGUAUUGAACGUGAUCAACUGGAGAGGGCCCUGGAAGAGUAUGACAGGGCUUUGGAAGAAUUCAGGCCAGCGUCUGAAAAAUAUCAGGAUAGUAUAACCUAUGUCAGGAUGAGACUUGAGAUGGGUCAAUAAGCAGAAAAUUACAUCCACAAUCUUAACUGGUAUUUUCCUAUUUUACUAUUGUGGAUGUAUUUCUUUCCUGAUUGUUAUAUUUUAUGUAUUCAGAUAAAAGACAUGCAUUCAAAUCUCUUAGGUCUUUGUUAAAUGCUGUAUCUAAAUCUGUCUUCUACAGUCUCUGAAAUCAACAAAAUAAACGGUUUAAAAACAUUAACCAGUUAUAGUGUUUUUCAUACAAAAUAAACAUUUUCAAUGCAAAUGUUCAAAACCUAAAUGUUUCAAUCAAAUUUGGUCUUUUAAAUCAGUAGUGGGAUGUAUUCAGGAAGCAACAAAUAACAGUUGUGUUGAUGUGCUGCUAAAUGCAAGUGCUUUCCUCUUGACCAACAGAAGGCACCAGAAUGCUGUCUGUGUUCUUUGGCAAGAAAGACGAGCUCAAGAAAGGAGAACUGAUAAGGUCCACCCAGACCCUCCACCACUAUGUGCACAAAUACUUCAAGAUCACCAACAGGCUUUUAGAGAUACUCGACACUCACCUGAAUCAAAGCCCUUCCCCUGCAGUGGAAGCAAAUGAGAGUGAAAGCAUUGAGAAAAACUGCACCAGGGUAAGAAAUGUUAUGAGCCAGAUCCUGGAUGUUUCUGAGAAGGAGAACAAACAUGUCCAAAAGGAGAAACAUGAUCUUUAUGAGCAGAUUGUCUUCCCUGGAGUGUCACUGAAGGACAAGGCUGCAAUGAUAAAGGAUCUGCAUCAGAAGACCAUGGGACUCUUGGGGAAUGUCUACGGCCCUGUAGUCGCUGUUCGACUGGCAAACAGUGAUCUGGGGCGGGUGAUGCCUCCAGUGGAACAGAAUGAAUUUCAGCUUGUUCUGUCAUUUGCUCUGGGGGAUCUACUACAGAGCAGUGCAAGAAUCACUGAGCUUCUGUGUAGAUCAAGAGAAAAGAGCCUGGAUGAAGCCAUACAGUUGGUGGAAGAUGUACUGUCCGUUCUGAAGACGCCCUGCGACUCCUACAAUGACAUUCUGUGUGAAGUGGAAGCCUACAUCACCAUCUUAUCUGAAAACAUGUAGAGCUAACUCAUGAAGACACGCUUCUCUCAGAGAGCACAGUAAAGUUUGUGUUGAUAAAUCAUUGCAAUUUUCCUCCA